AUGUACAUCUGUCAAGAAUGUUAUCAAGAAAUUUCUGAUUAUUUUGAUUAUUGCAAACCGUGCAACUCUGUACAUUUCCGCAAUAAUUUUAUACAUUGGACCAGCGGUGAUUCAAAUCUUGACAAAGUUAUUCAAAAUUCACAACUUAAUGCAACAAUUAGAUUGGAUAUAAUUGAAUGGAUUGAAUACUCAAAUCUUGAAAAUAUUGAACUUAUUGCUCAUGGUGGGUUUGGGAGUGUUUAUAAAGCAAUUUGGAAAGAUGGUCCAAUCGUGAGUAGUCAAGCUUGGGAUCUGAAUAAAUCAGAAUGGAAACGAGAGAAUAAAAAGGAAGUGGCAGUAAAGAAAUUUCAGAAUGUGACUAUUGUCAGCUCAGAUUUUUUAAAUGAGGUUAAUUCUAAUCUAAAAAUGAAUAAUAAGAAUGGUGGCUUUGAAACUAUUCGAAUUUAUGGAGUGACUCGUGAUCCGCAAAGUGGAGAAUACGCUAUUGUUAUUCAAUUCAAAAAUGGUGGUAAUCUAAGGAAAAUGAUUAAAGAAAAUUACAGUAAUCUAACUUGGGAAAACAUCCUAGAAAUAUUAAACAGAAUUAGCGAAGGACUGGAUUCUGUUCACGAAUCAAAAUGCUACCACAAGGAUCUCCACAGUGGCAACAUCUUGAAUAAAAUUUACUCUGAUAAUACUAUCGGCGGUUCAGUAAUUUCAGAUUUUGGUCUGUGUUGUCCUAUGGAUCAAAGUUCUACAGAUAAAACACUAUAUGGUGUCUUACCAUUUGUCGCACCAGAGGUUUUACUUGGUAAAGAAUUCACUGAAGCAGCAGAUAUUUAUGGGUUUGGAAUGAUAAUGUCAGAAUUGAUUAGUGGUGAACCACCUUUUGUUGAUAGAGAGUAUGAUGAGAAUUUGGCUUUGGCUAUUUGUUAUGGUCAACGUCCACAAAUUCCAGAAUAUACACCUGAACCAUAUGCUGAAUUAAUGAAACGUUGUUGGGAUCACAUCCCCACCAAUCGUCCAACAGCUAAUGAAUUGUGUAUCCAGUUUAUGAAUCUAUUUAGCGUUUUGGAUAAUAAUAACAAUUUAAUUGAGGAUCGAAAGCUAGAAAUUAAAGAAGCAUUUAGUCAGGAACGGGAAGACAAGUUUAGAGCACGAUUAGCAGAAUUGGCCACAAAUCCAAUACCCCUGAAAAAAUCACAAAAUUUGCUUACCAGUAAACGACUUGAUUAUUCACAAUCUCUUUCUCAAAAACUUAGCGUUGAAGAUUGGAAUAAACUAAAAUUGACCGACUAA